GCUUUAAAUUCUCUCUCUCUCUCUCUCUCUCUCUCUCUCUCUCUCUCAGUUAGCAAUUCCAUUGCUGCAGAGUAAGAGAACUCAAUCACAAUUCACACACAAAACACAGAGACCCAAAAUUUUCUUAAUCCGACACAGACCCAUAACACCAUCCUUAAAUUCUCAUUGCAAAUGACACUGUUGGGUGCAUAGAUCCAUGAAAUGCACCCAUAAAGCUACCACCUUUUCUGCAAUGCCCAGAUCCAGCACCCAGCAAUAAAUAACAACAAAGUUCACAACUUUCUAUUGAAAUCGCAGGACCCAGAAGAAAAACUCCAAGACCCAGUUCCCAGAAUGAAGGGUUCGAGCCGUUUCUUCACGGUGGGUCUUGUAGCUUCAUGGUACUCCUCCAACAUUGGCGUUCUCCUUCUCAACAAGUACCUUCUCAGCAACUAUGGCUUCAAGUACCCGAUCUUCCUCACCAUGUGCCACAUGACAGCAUGUUCUUUGUUCAGUUAUGUUGCCAUAGCGUGGAUGAAGGUGGUGCCUUUGCAAACCAUACGAUCCAGGGUUCAGUUCUUCAAGAUCUCUGCUUUGAGCCUUAUUUUUUGUGUCUCCGUUGUGUUUGGGAACGUGUCGUUGAGGUACCUUCCUGUGUCGUUUAACCAAGCAAUUGGUGCCACAACGCCUUUCUUCACUGCCGUUUUUGCUUACCUAAUGACGUUUAAGAGGGAGGCUUGGCUCACAUAUCUCACACUUGUUCCGGUUGUCACUGGUGUCAUCAUUGCCAGCGGGGGUGAACCAAGUUUCCAUUUAUUUGGAUUCAUUAUAUGUGUUGCUGCUACAGCUGCAAGAGCCCUGAAAUCAGUGCUACAAGGAAUUUUGCUUUCUUCCGAAGGAGAGAAGCUCAAUUCUAUGAAUCUUCUCCUUUACAUGGCUCCUAUGGCGGUGGUUUUCCUUCUUCCCGCUACACUUAUAAUGGAAGAAAAUGUGGUUGGAAUCACUUUGGCGCUUGCCAGAGAUGAUUCCAAGAUCAUUUGGUAUCUGCUAUUCAAUUCGGCACUCGCAUAUUUUGUCAACCUGACCAAUUUCUUGGUCACAAAACAUACAAGUGCUCUGACCCUUCAGGUACUAGGGAAUGCUAAAGGGGCUGUAGCAGUAGUAGUAUCAAUUCUAAUAUUUAGAAACCCAGUUUCGGUUACUGGAAUGAUGGGAUACACCCUCACAGUCUUUGGAGUUAUCCUUUACAGUGAAGCGAAAAAGCGAACCAAAUGACACCAUUCUUGUGAAGUUGACAUUCAACUCCUUAUAUUUUGUCUUGGUGACCGCACUGCACAGACAACCUCCUCAAUCAAAGAUUAUACAGAGGCAAUUUGUUUAGCAUGCUAGUGACAUAAGAUUCAGUUUUUCUGACUCUUGGUAUACAAUUUUUUCUUUUUUUGGUUUUACUCCUCACACGUAAAACCUCGAUUGAAUGGGUUAACAGUUGUAUAAACAUUUAUUUAGAAAUAGUCCUCACAGUUGAAAAGUUGCGAUAAUUGACUUGUUAUUAUCCUCCUUCACUUAGAGGAAUGUCUUCUCUGUCAUUUUAUUCUUUUGGGAUAAGAGUGGUAGAAUUGAACCACUACUCAUAUGUUGUUAACACUACCCACAUUCGUUUAUUAAUGAUAUGAUUCGUAUCUUUAGCUCUCA